UGAGGCUGAUCAUGCGCCAUGGAUUGCUACGUGCCCAACAACCCUCAGUAUCUCGGAUGCUGUGGGUGCUGCGACCCGCUGCAGUGCGCCUGCCAGAUACGACUACCGGAGGACUGCUGUCAGCAAGAAUCCGAGAACUGCUGUCCGGAAAAUGGCGAGGAAUUGAACACUCUAGGGGAGUCCAUAGCGACCUGCGAUGUGGGGCUCGAUGUGAACGAGCCUGGCUGGCCGGCCGAGGACAUGGGCUCCUUCUCCCUGCCGCCCCUCGACCUGGAUCCCCUACCAUCGUUAUUCCCAUUCUCACCCUGCUCCGGAUACAACCGGAACAAUGGGGGGGAAUGUCGGGAGAGGGGGGGAGGGGAGGCCGCGGAUGUGCUGCUCUCUCUGAAACAUGCCGUGGUUCAUGGAGACUGCGCAGGGGACGCCGUACAUCCUCAGAUGGUGGUGAACAGCGGCGGUGGCUAUCCCUACUAUGAGCACUACGGCACCGCUCCUCUCUUCCCCACUAUGAGUGUCAACGUCUCCAUGAACAUGACCAUGCACGGCUGUCCCUCAGACCAACUCUGUUCUCAGGUACAAUGGAAUCAAAACGCCUCGGCCCCUUCAGUGAACGUAGUGUACCCUCAAACACAGAGCGUCAUACCGGUGUCCUAUCCAUCAGCGACGUACUCGUUCACAGCUGACUUCAGGGCACCGAAUCAAUCCGAUCCUCUCAUCACCGCGAGCUCAACCUUCAAACCAUUACAACUCCAAAACACUCAGAAACCCAAUCCGAACUACUUGUUCCAACAAAAGCCAAAUUUUUCGAAUCAAAAGAACUUGGGAACUGUGCUAAAACGAUCCCCAUCCAAAAUAUAUAUGCCAGAGAGUCCAAAGGAACAAAUGGGGAACGGUUACGUUUUGAACCAUCAAGGACAACUGCAUCAGGACUUCGGAUAUACCACGUGCGUUAAUUCUUCGGGAAAAGUGCAAGUGGGUGCUCUAAGCGCGUGUUCCGAGGACGAUGAACAGAAGCCCAACCUGUGUCGCAUCUGUGGCAAGACGUACGCCAGACCAAGCACGUUAAAAACUCACCUCAGGACUCACUCUGGUGAACGACCGUACAGAUGUGGAGACUGUAAUAAAAGCUUCUCUCAAGCUGCCAACUUAACGGCACACGUUCGAACUCACACUGGCCAGAAACCAUUUAGAUGUCCAAUUUGUGACCGACGAUUCAGCCAGAGUUCCAGUGUUACCACACAUAUGAGAACACAUUCGGGAGAAAGGCCUUACCAAUGUCGAUCCUGCAAAAAGGCAUUUUCUGACAGCUCUACGUUGACAAAGCAUCUGCGCAUACAUUCUGGCGAAAAACCAUACCAGUGCAAACUAUGCCUAUUAAGGUUUUCUCAAUCCGGCAAUUUGAAUAGACAUAUGCGUGUACACGGCAACAUGUCAGGCGGGAUGCUUGGCUGACACACGAACUACGUUCCCGCCAUUUUUGACUUUGGCAUUUAUUGAAGUCCGUAAAACGAACUUAGUGUACUGCAACAAAAUGGAAUUUAAAUUAAAAAAAUUGUGCUUAAGACGAUAAAAUUACACCAAAUAUUUAAUUCGUAGGAAAAGUUACUGAAACUGGUAGCGUAUUAAAAUUUAAUUUUCUGUGAAACUUUACAUAGAUCUCAUGAAUUAGCAUUUACGAAUAUUAUGUAUCAUCUUUUUUAUUGUAAAUAUUUCUAGUAAUAGUAUUGUAAAUAUUUAAUGUAAAUUUAUUUAUUGCAAUCUAGUCACUCUAAUGAAUUUUAUCACGUUGCGAUAAAAUUCUCUCUAUCACACAUAUGGAUAUUUAUAUUUGUAGAAAUGAGAGAGAUGUAUAUACAAUAUGAAGUAGCCGUUUUGAUUUUAUAGUGAUGUAGUGUAAGAAUGAAACAACAUGUAGUUUACGAAAUAUUUUAAAUAUAAACGACGCUUUCAGUAUUAUUAAACAUAGAAUGUUUUAAGUAGA